AUGCUAGAGCAGCAAAAAUUCAAUUCUGUAAUGUUACAUUUUUUGGAUAAAGUGAAAGAUGGACCAAGUUAUGUGUGUUGUGUGUGUCAUCGAUUGCUUUUUAAAGAUCAGGUGAGGCAUUGCAAUGAAAAAACAUAUAUCAAGUCUCCAUGUGCACAAGAUGUUGCUGCAAAAUGCAUAACCAAAGAUUAUUUGCACAUUUGCAAUGCUUCUUGUCGUGUGGAUUGUAAAUGGAAAAAUACACCUAGGUGUGAAUUGUGGAUAUGUCAUACUUGUCAUUGUAAAUUAAACAAAGGCCAAAUUCCUGUUGAAAGUGUGCAAAAUAACAUGGCUCUUUCAAAUGUUCCUAGUGAGUUGAGUACUUUAAAUUCCUUAGAACAACAUUUAGUUGCUUUACAUAUCCCUUUCAUGAAACUGUUGGCAUUACCCAAAGGAGGGCAAAAUGGUGUGCAUGGCCCAGUAACUUGUGUCCCUGCAAACAUAGUUGAGACCACAAAAGUUUUGCCAAGAGCUGAUGUGGAAAAUUCACUUUUACCGGUUAAAUUGAAAAGGAAAUUAACAUAUAAAGGACAUUACAAAUAUGAGUUUGUGAAUUCAACAAAUGUAUUAAAUGCAUUUAAGUUUUUGAAAGAGAACAAUAAAUAUUAUUCAGACAUUGAUUUUAAUAAUGAUUGGGUAAAUGUGUUUGCACAACAAACGCAUAACGAUGUUCAAAUAGAUCAAGCAUCAGACAAUGAGGGGACUGAGGACGAGUUACUUCAUGAUAGACAGCAAUAUUGUAUGUUUAUGGAUACAUGUUUGCAGCCAGUGGACAUUGGGCAAGAGGUUUUGGAUCAUUACUUAGAUAGAAUUUUGCAUCUAGCGCCAGGUGAAGGUAACAGUCCCAUUAAAAUGUUGAUGGACAAAGCUAAUGAAGCAAAAUGUUUCCCUGCGUUGUUUCCAAAUGGAUUACAUACUUACCAUGACAAAAGGCAAUCACAAAUAACUUUGUCCAGAUAUUUCAACAUGAGAGUUUUAAAUGCAGAUACCAGGUUUGCUAAAAAUGUUGAGUAUAUUUUUUAUGCUCAGUAUUUAUCUGAGAUACAACAAGUAGUAUCUAAUGUGUCCAUAGCAUUAAGAAAAGGAAAACAACACAAGAAUCCAGCAACUGUUGAUUCUAAUCUGUUGAAAGAUGAGGGAAGUUUACAGUCUCUGCUUCAAAACGAUGAGGGUUAUAGGUUUUUAAAACCCAUUCGUGGUACCCCUGCUUUCUGGCAGGCUGCGCAAAAGGAUUUGUUUGCAUUGAUUCGCCAAUUAGGUAUUCCAACUUGGUUCUGUUCGUUUUCAUCUGCUGAUAUGCGAUGGACAAAUUUGUUGUCAACACUUUUGCUACAAGAAGGCAGGCAUGAAACUCUUGAGGAUUUGCAAUGGGCAGACAAGUGUGAGUUAUUGCGCCAAAAUCCAGUCACUGCAGCUCGAAUGUUUGACCACAGAUGGCAUUGCUUUUUGAAAGGUGUGCUUAUGUCACCAGCAAAUCCAAUUGGUAAAAUUGUGGAUUACUUUUAUAGAGUUGAGUUCCAACAACGUGGAUCCCCACAUGUUCAUUGUCUGUUUUGGAUUGAGAAUGCCCCUCAGAUAGACAAAGAGUCAGAUGAGGAUGUUGCUGCUUUUAUUGACAAUUAUGUUACAUGUGAGUUAGAUUCUGAGGAUACAAAGUUAUAUGAAACCGCAUCAGCUGUCCAACAGCAUAGCAAGAAGCAUUCAAAGACUUGUAAAAAGAAAGGCACAACUUGUAGAUUUAAUUUCCCAAAACCACCUUCUGCACGUACUUUUAUCACCCAUAAAAAGGAUGAAGAUAUGGACAUCAAGACAUGCAAAUGCCAGCAACCUGAUGUAUGUCAAUGCCUUAGCAAUGUUGUUGCAAACAAAAGCUGUCAAUGUGACGCAUCUAUCAAUUGUGACUGUCCUAUUAAUAAUUCAUGUGAAAUGGAGAAAAAAAGAGCCCAAGAGAUUUUAUCGUCUGUUAAAGAUGCUAUAGAAAAUACUAAUAACAACUUCAGCUCAACUGAUUCAUUAUUUGACUCUUUAGGCAUAACCCAAGACAUAUUUGAAACAGCAUAUGCAGUUCAUGGAAACAAAACUCAAGUUGUUUUGAAAAGGCAACCACAACAUGUGUGGGUAAAUCAGUACAAUAAGUCCCUUUUGAAAUGCUGGAAUGCCAAUAUGGAUAUUCAGUAUGUUGUGGAUGCAUACGCUUGUAUUGUGUACAUAAUAUCUUACAUAUCUAAGGCAGAAAGAGAGAUGGGGUUGCUCCUAAGUAAUGCCCAAAGGGAAGCAAAAAAAGAACGUAACCUUGAUGCAAAAAGUGCACUUAAGAAGAUAGGCAGUGUGUACUUGCAUAAUCGUGACAUAAGUGCGCAGGAGGCAGUUUAUCGAUUAACAAAUAUGCAUUUGAAGGAAUGUUCACGUAAAGUUAUGUUCAUUCCCACUGGUGACAAUGUUGUCAAAAUGAGUCUGCCUCUAGCUGUACUUCAAUCACGAGCUGAUACUGGACCUGUGUCAACUAAUGAUAUGUGGAUGACGAGCAUCAUAGACAGGUAUAAAAGUAGGCCUGAUGACAAGCUAUUUCAGGAUAUGCCUUUAGCAACAUUUGCAUCUGAGUAUAGGGUUCUUUGUACGACUGAAAAAUGUAGAAACAAAGUGCAGUUAAAAAAUGAUUUGGGUUAUGUUGUCCGUAGAACUCGUUCAAAACCUGCUGUUAUACGUUAUGCAAGUUUCUCAGAAACCAAAAGUCCAGAACUUUUCCACCAAACCAGUCUACAACUUUUUCUACCAUAUAGACAAGACAUACAAUUGAAACCACCAGGAUUUAACAGCUUUGAGGAAUUUUACAAACUUGGUCAUGUGUCUCUUUCUGAUGGCAUACUAACAUCUGUUAAAACUCUGGUAGAUCAAAUCAGAAGUCAAUUUGAAGUGGAUAUGGAGAUAUUGCAGUCAGCUGAGCAACAACUAGAACAUGCUGUUGUAGAAGAUGCGUGGGGUCAACUAUGUCCUGAACAAGAAAUUGACAGGUUAGAAUGUCAAUUGGAAAGUAAAAAUCAGGAGGACAGAGUAAAUGACCCAGUAGAUUCCAUUCCAGACUUGGAAAAUAACUCUUCACCACACUUUCUUUUUGAAAACCAAAAAAAAUCCUUAGGUAGGGCUGAGGGUUUAGCAUUAAUUAGGUCACUGAAUACAACACAGCUGUCCAUAUUUUACAGGAUACGUCAAUGGUGUUUAGAGAAAGUGCAGGGAAAACAACCGCCACCUUUUCAUGUGUUCAUCACAGGUGGAGCAGGCACUGGGAAAACUCAUUUGAUCAAAGCAAUUCAGUAUGAAUGCAAUCGUAUUCUGUGUCAACAAAACAAAAAUCCAGAUGAUUUGUGUGUUUUACUAACUGCUCCCACAGGUAUAGCUGCCUAUAAUUUAAAAGCCACAACCAUUCACAGUGCAUUUUGCAUAGGGACAGAUGUAAAAUUGCCAUACACUCCCCUUGGUGAGGAAAAACUUAAUACACUAAGAGCAACUCUAGGCAGUGUAAAGUUGUUGGUCAUUGAUGAGGUGUCCAUGGUUGACCAUAAACUAUUAGCUUAUGUACACGGUAGACUCAGACAAAUAAAACAAUCUGGUACUUCGUACCCAUUUGGGAAUGUUAGCGUGAUUGCUGUAGGAGACCUAUUUCAGUUAAGUCCAGUUAGAGGUACACCAUUACAUAUGGACACAUCAAAUGUUAAUUUCUGGAAUAGCCUUUUUUCUGUUGUUGAACUACAUACUGUUGUUCGUCAAAAAAAUACACAGUUUGCAGAACUGUUGAAUCGUUUGCGCACACGAGUUAAGACAAAUGCUGUUCUUCAAGAAGACAUUGCACUUUUACAAAGUCGUGAAACAGGCGAGGAAAGUCCAGCUCUGCAUAUAUUCUCUACAAACUCUCAAGUACAGGAAUAUAACUUGCAACAGUUAUGUCAAAAUUGUAAGGAAUAUGUUUCUAUUAAAGCUCAAGACUAUGUUAAAAACCACAAAACAGGGAAGACAAUGUUGAAACAAGGGCAACAUAGUUCAGUACGUCAGACAAACUUAUUGGAUGAGUUAUGCAUAGGUGAAGGGGCACGUGUUAUGUUGAUUAAAAACAUUGAUGUAUCAGAUGGUUUAGUUAAUGGUGUGUGUGGUUCAGUGGUGCAUGUAGCUAUACAGCCUGGAAGUCAAUUCCCUACCUCUGUAUAUGUUAAAUUUGAUGAUGAUGACAUAGGUAUAAAGAGACGUAAACAAUACAUUUCAGAUAACUCACAAUUACAAAUGGCUACACCUAUUUUCCUCGAAGAAGAACGAGUUGAUUACAAAGGUGGAUUGCGUCGGCAAUUCCCAUUGAGACUAGCAUGGGCAAUAACUGUACAUAAAGUCCAAGGUUUAACACUCGCAAAGGCAGUGGUUUCUUUGCACAAAAUAUUUGCACCUGGACAGGCAUAUGUAGCUUUGAGUAGAGUCACCUCUCUUGAUGGUCUGAUCAUCAGUGAUUUUACUGAAAAAGCUAUUUAUUGUAAUCAGCACAUAUCCCAACAUAUUGCAAGCAUGCCAAAGUUUUUGUGUGAAAACACCCUUGAAAAACCUAUGUCUAACUGCUUUUCCAUUUAUCUUUUAAAUGUACAAAGUUUACAAGCACAUUUUCAAGACUUACAAACAAUUGUUGCAUCAUUACAUCCUGAUUGUGUCGCAGUGACAGAAACAUGGCUAGGUGACUCCUGUAGUCCUGAAAGAUUUUCCAUAACAGAAUACUCUUUUCAUCACAAACCAAGACGAUUGUCAUAUGCUCAUUCUAGUCGUGAAUUUCAUGCCCUGGCCACACAACAACAUGGUGGAGUUGGGAUGUAUGUGCACUCUGCCAGAUUGUAUCAGUUUCCUACUUUUCCUGUUUGUAAUUUGGAAUGUAUAGUUCUACAAAUGAAAAACCCUGAACUUUUGUUAGUGGUCAUCUACAGACCUCCAUCAUAUAAUUUGCGUAUCUUCCAAAAACAUCUCAAACACUUGAUGGAUGCGUUGACAGUGUUGAGUGAUAACAUCAUUUUGUUGGGAGAUUUCAAUGUAGAUGUAAACAAACCUAAUGAGCACAUUAAGUUCAUGGAAACCAAUAAUUACACCCAACUGGUUUCAGGAUCAACCACAGAAGCUGGUACAUUAAUAGACCAUGUGUAUAUCAAAAACACAUCCACAUAUAAAAUACACACACAAGUGAUGCCUUUAUAUUUUUCAGCUCAUGAAGCUAUUUUAUAUGGUCAGCCUGUGGUGCCGCUGGCGGUGAGCCCUCGCCUCCACUCUGUGCUGGAGCAGAUUACUCCAGGCACCGGAGCGCCCGCUGAUCAAUGA